GGCCCAAAACAGCAUGGCUGCCGCCUUCCGGCCUUCGAAACAAGUCCAGCUGCAGGCCCUGCGGAACGUGCUGUCUCCCGGGGUGGGCGGUUCAGACUCCGCCUGCCGCCGCUGCCCACUGGGAGCUAAAAGGUACCUACUUACAGAUAAUGUCAUGAAAUUAAAAGAAUUUCAGCAUAAGAAGGUGGCUAUUGCAUAUCAUCUUCCUGGCACCAAAGUUUGCUUUCUUCCAGAAACUUAUUUGAGAAAUUUGGAAGAAAAAUUGACCCAGAACAAGCUCAUCUUAAAGGACGAGUUGAAAACCAUGCUUCACUUGUGUGUGUCCCGGGAUGACAUGGAACUGGCUAAAAAUGUCAUUUACAGGUACCAUGCAGAGAACAAAAAUAUCAAUUUGGGGGAUUAUAAGUUUGGACCACUUUUCAUAAGGUUGUGUUACGAGUUGGAUCUUGAGGAAUCUGCAGUGGAGCUCAUCAAAGACCAGCGUUUACAAGGUUUCUUCUCAGACUCCACAUCAUUCAAUAUUUUGAUGAAUAUGCUAUUUAUCAAAGGCAAAUAUAAAAGUGCAUUGGAAGUACUGAUCGAGAUGAAAAACCAAGAUGUGAAGUUCAACAAAAAUACCUAUGUCCUUGCUCUUGCAAUUUGCUACAAACUGAAUAGCCCUGAGUCUUUCAAAAUCUGUACUACACUAAGAGAAGAAGCUCUGAUCAAAGGAGAUGUCCUGUCCAGGAGAGCAUCCUGUUUUGCUGUGGCACUAGCUCUGAAUCAGAACCAGGUGGAAAAAGCUACAUCCAUUUUUUCUCAAAUCAUGAAACCAGAAAGCAUAGUCUGCACUAAUUUAAAUAUUAUGAUCCAUCUUCAGUCAAGUAUGUUGGAAAACCUGAUAAAGGUACUAAAGGAUGCCACAGAGGGAGAUUUACCAAGAUUUGUGAGAAGACAGGAGUUCUCAGAAGAAGUGCUGUCAAAAGUGAGGGAAAAAGUGAAGAGUGUGCCCGCGCUUCUGGCCAGGUUUGAAGAGAUCUACGGGCAACUGCACAUAAAUGGCCAGGUCACCCCUUCCACUUUGGAUGCUCUGCUCUGCCAUACCCCCAAGGACAGGAAGCCCUAUGUGAUGCUGUUAAACAAGAGGACAGUCAGCCGUCGGACCUUCCAGCCACUCAGCCAGUCCCUGUGGGCUGAGUAAGCCUCCGGACCACUUCUGCACCUGUGGGUCUUGGUUGAAGAGGGCCUGCUUCUGGUGGGAUGCUGGCAUCCUAAGGAAUUGGGCUUCAUUCUCCACUGGACACUGUAGUAACACUGGUUUCCUCCUUCAUUUCUGAGUUCACUGAGUGCUAGUGUGCCAACCUGAGAAGUUAGUAGGUCGUGCCGCUGUGGAGAUCUAGACAUAAGCAAGCAGAAAGCUCAGCUCAGCUCCCUCAGAAACGAGGCGUCGCCUGUGUGAGCUGCUGAGGAUCAUCCCAGGAACGUGGUCAUGGUCCCCAGUGCAGCUUCCAGAGCCAGAGCAGAACCCAAUAAGCACUGCUGGGGAAGAAUGUCACUAUAAGUAGUUGACUCCAACUAAUUUUCAGGGGAGUAGUUACCUGAAGAUUAUACCCUUGCUGAAUUCAGGUCUGAAACCCUAGUCUGCCAUGCUGGGGAAAAGCCCAGGGUUUUCUCAUGAUUCUGUCAUCAUUUAUUUGUGACCCUAAAUAGGAUACUUGAGCCCUCAUUUUUACAUCUAUAAAAUAAUAGUGCCUAUGUGAAUCUGCAUAUUGAUUUGAAAUUUUCAUUCAAAGGUUAGUAGUGUCAAACUUUCUCAAAAAAAUAAAAAUAAAAAGGUUCCUGAGAAAAA